AUGGAAUCUCAUUCAUCUAUAUCAACAAUUCCGGUAAACACGAUCGCUAAAACAAUGGUUCCCCCAACUUCGAAUUCUACUGACUCCUAUGAGCAACAGAAAGGCGUCGUUUUAUCACCUCCAGUUCGUCGCGCGGUAUUGUCUAUAAGGCGUCAAUCGUGGGUCUUUGAUAAACCACCACUUCUGGAGGCUGAAAGUGUAUACUUUCAGUCGACUGCUAUUUUAGAAAAGAGUAUGCCUACCGCUAAAUCGAGAUUAUCUAUUCUGAUUCAAAAAGACAGUUCGCGUGGGAAAGUAAACGACGAUAACUAUGACAAAAAUGAUACGUCGGACACUGCUUCUAUAUUUAGUAUAUCAUCUAUCCAAAGCGAAUCCUCAAAUAAAUUUCAUUGUAUUUCUCCAAUACAUAACCCUUCGCGUAAACGACAUUCAACAAGCGCACUAUCUAAUGGCCCUCGACAAACCAUUGUAUCGUCACGAUGCACUUCAAUGCCAACGUCACCUACCAAUUUCCCUGAAAAAGUCGACAAUUCAGAAACUAAUUCAUCACUUCUAUCAGCAAGAGCUCAAUUUAACAACAGGGCAUCUCGUGCUUCUAUGAGAAUGAGCGUGAAUUCUCUCAUGCAAAAACGAUUGAUGAUCGCUUUGGAAAUUAUAACAACAGAACGUCAUUAUGUUGAUUCCUUGUUGCUCGUUCAAAGGUUGUUCUUUAACCCUCUUCUCGAAUCACUAUCAACAACAAAUCCGAUACUGACUAAAAAACUCAUCAAAGACAUUUUUGCAAACUUUUUGGAUUUGUUGAAUGUCAAUACAGAAUUACUGAAAAGAUUAGAAGAGAGGCUUUCUUGUUCCAAUGACAUUCCCGUUGAUGAAGAUAGUGAUUUUAAAUUUUGGAGUCCUGAAACUGAUUGUCUGGGUGACAUAUUUUUGAAUAUGGCACCGUUCUUUAAAAUGUAUUCUCUUUAUGUUAAAAAUUUCAAUUCUGCACUCUCUGUCAUUGAUAUUCAACUUAGAGACAAUCCGCUUUUUUCUGCAUUUCUUAGAGAUGUAUUAAAGACCGGAAAAUGCAAAGGUCUUACAUUACAGGCUUACUUAAUCAUGCCAGUACAACGAAUUCCUAAAUAUAAAUUAUUAUUGGAGGGACUUUUAAAGAAAACCAUUGAAAGCCAUCCUGAUUACCCGAAUUUAAAGAAGGCUCUCCAAACAAUUAAACAUGUUGCCACCUUUGUCAAUGAAACUAUUCGUGAACAUGAAAUGAUUAUUUCUAUGCUAGAGAUUCAAAAAUCUUUGAUUGGAUUUGACGAAACUUUAUUAAUUCCUGGAAGAACGUUGAUCAAGAGAGGCACACUGAUGAAGAUUUGCAGAAAAAAUCAUCAACAUCGUGAAUUCUUUUUGUUUUCAGAUAUCUUGAUAUACGCCAGUCCACCGGGUCUAAUGGAUAAUAUGUAUACUUUUCAUCGCAAAUUUUAUCUUGAAGAUGUGACAGUUUUGACCGUCGAAGAUUCUGCUGUUAAAAAUGCGUUUCAAGUCCUUAGUCCCCAAAAAAGUUUUAUCAUUUAUGCAGAUAAUCAAAAUGAAAAAGAAUCUUGGAUCAACACUAUUCGUAACACUCAAGAAAAAUUUCUUAGUGCAAAAAGAACUCUUAACGUUGAUAAACCCAUAUUGACAGAAAGAAAAUAUUCAUAUAAGAAGUGUGUCGUUGAUAAUUAUCAUGCUCCUAUAUGGGUUCCUGAUUCAGAAGCUGACAGGUGCAUGAAUUGUUCCGAAGUAUUUACGUUAUUUCUACGAAAACACCACUGUCGUGCAUGUGGAAAAGUUGUUUGUCAUGCGUGUUCUACAAGAAAUUUUAUAAUACCUGGAUCAAGUGAGCGUGAAGAUAAAAUAGUACGUGCAUGCGACCCGUGUUUUUUCACCAUGUUUCCAGAUGCUAUUCGUGACGAAGAUUUGGCUCCAGGCAUUCAUAUUUGGGAUUCUUCUAUUGGUAACGUGAGCUAUGUCCCACGUUUAGAAUCUUCUCAACGAAACGAAAGAAAUUCAUGA